CCUCAACUCGUUCCCUUCGCAACUCAUAUUGAAGAGUUGGGGGUCGUACAGACGGGCACAAGAGUUGUCACGGGUUCCGGUGGUCAGCAGAGUGUGCAUAAGAGGCACAUCUUUGUUUGACUGUCGUUAUAUCUUUGGGUCCGAGUCAUGAGCCACCGAUUGUAUGCAAGAAUGCCCGAGAGUCGGCUGUCGCAUCCCACGGUUUUUUCCUCAUCGACCUUUCCCCACGUUACCGAUACAAGCUCGGUUUUAGUCCAUUGUUAUAUGGAGUCAUUUUUGAGACGAUACGACGCUCUCGCUACGCUGCCAUGGAUGAAGCUUCCAUUGGCCAUUCAAGUCACUGUUCACUUCGGGUUCUGUCUCGUACGACAAACCGAUUCACUGGGAAGAUUUUUAAUAUCCUCCGAUCACCGCCACGACCUCUUACCGGCUCGUGGCACCUUGGGAGGGCUGCAAAUGUCUGCUGAGCACCCCCCAUCAUCAUUGGGUCUAGUAACGACCCGCGUACCCUGUAUGUUGCAUCGAACACAUCAAGUUACAAAUCAACUAGCGGCACCGAUCUGCCCUAUCUUUCUGCAUCUCGUCUCCACUCGGUCUGUCUCGUUUCUCGCAUCACCGAGGCGCACAUUCGAUUCUUUGCACAAGAAGUUCAUUGGUACUGUCUACGUGCCUGCACGUCAUUCUCCAUAUGGAUGGCGUUGCGAAUAGCUGACGCGUCAGGG